ACACAAACUUUUUUAUUUUAUUUUUAUUAUUCUCUUCCUUAUCUCUUCUUUCUCCAGUUCCAUCCAGUGUAUGUUCCUCCCUUGAAGCUUGAGCCCCCCCACCCCAAUAUCAAGAUCCCAACUAUUUACUCAUACUACUACUACUACUACUUUUUACUCCCACACACCCAAUCCAGAUAAUUCAAGUUUCUUCAACCAAUACCAACUAUAUAUAUAUACAUACAUACAUAUAUAUCUAUAUUAAUUUUCUCAAUCUAGAAUAGAUAGAAAUUUACAACCAUGAAAAGAGAUCGUGAGCGCAAAAAAGAUGGAAAAACAAACACAAACCAAAUAUCAACUUCUUCAUCUUUAAUGGGUAAGGAUUUACCUGAUUCUGGUGGUAUGGAUGAGCUAUUGGAAGCAUUGGGCUACAAGGUUAAGUCUACAGACAUGGCUGACGUGGCCCAAAAACUUGAAAGGCUAGAAAUGGUUAUGAAUGAAGAUGGUAUUUUUCAACUUUCUGAUACUGUUCAUUAUAACCCGUCAGAUCUUUCUGGCUGGUAUCAUAACAUGCUAUCAGAGCUUAAUAAUAAUAAUAGCGGUUCAGAUAAUAUUGGUCUGAAUGGUGAAUCUUCGUCUACUACUAUGAUUGAUUUUUCUAAUGGGAAAGAAGGUGAUGGGUUGUUAUUAGAUGACCCGUAUGAUUUACGGGCCAUAGCUGGUGGGGCUAUUUACGGAAAUAAUAAUAAUAGCCCCACUACUGGGAAUGAGUCUCCUUCUGUAUCCAGAAACGGCGGGUUCAAACGGAUGAAAUCCGCCGUUUCUGGAUCUGAAGUUAUUGAUGCUGCACCACCUGAGUCGCCACGCCAAGUGGUGCUAGUCGAUUCACAGGAGGCUGGGAUUCGAUUAGUUCAUACUCUGAUGGCGUGCGCUGAGGCGGUGCAACAAGAAAAUAUGAAACUAGCUGAUGCUUUAGUGAAACACGUGGGACUUCUCGCGGCGGCUCAAGCCGGCGCGAUGGGAAAAGUCGCCACGUAUUUUGCUGGAGCUCUUGCUCAAAGGAUUUAUAAGAUGUAUCCUCAAGAUGGCCUUGAAACUUCAUGUUGGGAAAUUUUACAGAUGCAUUUUUAUGAGAGUUGUCCUUAUCUUAAAUUCGCUCAUUUCACGGCGAAUCAAGCAAUUUUAGAAGCAUUUGCUGGCGCCACACGUGUUCAUGUAGUUGACUUUAGUUUAAACCAAGGGAUGCAAUGGCCAGCGCUUAUGCAAGCGCUAGCCUUGCGAGCCGGUGGUCCACCUGCUUUUCGUUUAACAGGUAUUGGACCACCGCAACCAGAUAAUACAGAUGCUUUACAACAAGUUGGAUGGAAACUAGCCCAACUAGCGGACACUAUAGGGGUUGAAUUUGAAUUUCGUGGAUUUGUGGCUAACUCGUUAGCGGAUAUCGAUGCUAGUAUGCUUGAUAUCCGACCGAGCGAGGUCGAAGUAGUGGCGGUGAACUCGGUUUUCGAGAUGCACCGCCUUCUGGCUCGACCUGGCGCGAUCGAAAAAGUAUUGGAUUCAAUUAAAGCAAUGAAACCGAAAAUUGUCACUCUCGUAGAACAAGAAUCAAACCACAACGGUGCGGUUUUCUUAGACCGGUUUAACGAAUCGUUACAUUACUAUUCAACCAUGUUCGACUCACUGGAAAGCUCGGCGUUGACUCAACCGAUGAGUCAAGAUUUGGUCAUGUCGGAGGUUUAUUUAGGGAGGCAGAUAUGCAACAUAGUGGCCUGUGAAGGGACGGACCGGGUCGAACGACAUGAAAACCUGAGUCAAUGGAGGACUCGGAUGAACUCAACGGGGUUCAGCCCGGUCCAUCUCGGGUCCAACGCCUUCAAACAAGCGAGUAUGUUACUCGCUUUGUUUGCCGACGGGGACGGGUAUAGGGUGGAAGAAAAUGACGGAUGCUUGAUGUUGGGUUGGCAUACAAGACCACUGAUUGCUACAUCUGCUUGGCAGCCGAGUUAGGAAUGAGUCAACUCGGGGAUCAGUCAUGGGUUUGAUAGCGAGUUUGGGCGGUGGAAUGAGGGGACAAUGAUAGAGAGAGUGAGACCCAUAUGAGUCAAAUCAAAGUCUUUUCAUAAUUUACAUUUCAAACACUUAAGUCAGCUUUUUAUUUACUUUUUUCCCACUACUUUUUCUAGUGGUUGUUUGGUCUCUCUUUUUCUUUUUUUACAUGCUUUAAUGGGAGUCAUUUGUACUUUGCUCUAGUUUUGUAGGGCUUAUAUGGCCCAAAUUUAUGUUAAUAUUUUUGCUUUUAGUUGAAUAAAAUUAAGUGAGUUUCUGUUGAUGAAA